CAAACAAUGGAGUUUCUUCUCAGCAGUGGAGUGCAGACAAUCCAAUAUUUGCAAGAGAAUUUUAAGGGCUACCAGAGCUUCCUGAACUGCAUGUCAUCUGUUGGAGAUCCUCGAAACAUCUUAUUCGUUUAUUUUCCACUCUGGUUCCAGCUCAGUCAGAUGGUUGGCACUAAAAUGAUAUGGGUGUCUGUUAUUGGGGACUGGUUUAAUCUUAUUUUUAAAUGGAUUUUAUUUGGCCAUCGACCAUACUGGUGGAUUCAAGAAACUCACUUCUAUCAGAAUCACUCAGUUCCACACCUUGAGCAGUUCCCCAUAACAUGUGAAACAGGACCAGGGAGUCCUUCAGGUCAUGCAAUGGGGUCUUCCUGUGUCUGGUAUGUCAUGAUUACAUCAGUUCUCAGCUACACAUGGCCUCAAAAAAUGAAACAUUCGAGUAUGUUUCACUGCCUCUAUUCUUUUCUCUGGAUUGCUUUCUGGAUUAUUCAAAUCAGCGUAUGCAUCUCUAGAGUUUUCAUAGCAACACAUUUUCCUCAUCAAGUUGUUUUGGGUGUGAUAGGAGGCAUGUUUGUGGCAGAAGCAUUUGAACACAUUCCUUCCAUCCAGACUGCAAGCUUGGGAACAUAUGUCAAGACCAAUUUGGUUUUAUUCUUUUCUGCUAUCAUCUUUUAUCUGGCUCUCAAACUGAUUGAUGUGGACCUUCUGUGGUCUGUUCCAAAAGCUAAGAAGUAUUGUGCAAAUCCAGAAUGGAUACAUCUGGACACAACACCAUUUGCUGGACUAGUUAGAAAUCUUGGAGCAUUUUUUGGAUUAGGAUUAGCACUCAACUCUCAAAUAUUUAUCCAGAGCUGUGAAGGCCAACAUUGCUACAAAAUAAGUUACAAGCUAAUGUGUGUAGCAUCUUCACUGACAAUUCUGCAGCUGUAUAAUUUUAUUCAGAUACCGACACAUACUGAGCUAUUGUUUUACAUGCUGUCAUUUUGCAAGAGUGCAUCAAUUCCAUUAACAGUUGUUGCUCUCAUUCCAUACUGUAUUCACUUGCUGAUGGGACAGACUGAAAAGAAACUUGACUAGUAACAUUUUCAUUGAAUAUGGUCUGUUAUUCUUUUAGACCUUGUUAGAAUAUGUUAAUGGGAAUGUGUAUCAUCUAUGCAAGACUGUAAAAAAUAACAGCAAUUAGACAGGCACUACUGUAAAGCAACACAUUUUACAAAA